GUGGCGAAUGUGAACAUAGACCUGAGGACGUUCAGCUGAUGGUGGGGAUGGCGUCCAAGGCCCCACACCCCUUCCCCACAGUGGACGUCCCCGACCACGCCCAUUACACCAUCGGCUCCGUCAUCCUCGCCAUUGGCAUCACCGGCAUGGUCGGCAACUUCCUGGUGAUCUAUGCCUUCAGCAGGAGCCGCAGCCUCAGAACGCCAGCCAACAUGUUCAUCAUUAACCUGGCAAUCACAGACCUGCUGAUGUGCGUCACUCAGACACCGAUUUUCUUCACCACCAGCAUGAACAAGAGGUGGAUCUUUGGGGAGAAAGGCUGUGAGAUCUACGCCUUCUGUGGCGCUCUCUUCGGGAUCUGCUCCAUGAUCACGCUGACGGUGAUUGCCGUCGACCGCUACUUUGUCAUCACUCGACCUCUGACCUCCAUUGGUGUGUUGUCACGGAAACGGGCCUUCUUCAUCCUCGUGGCGGCCUGGGUCUACUCUCUGGGGUGGAGCCUGCCACCGUUCUUCGGCUGGAGUGCCUAUGUCCCUGAGGGUCUGCUGACUUCCUGUACGUGGGACUACAUGACCUUCACGCCGUCGGUGCGAGCGUACACCAUGCUGCUCUUCAUCUUCGUCUUCUUCCUGCCGCUAUUCAUCAUCAUCUACUGCUACGUCUUCAUCUUCAGAGCCAUCCGCACCACCAACCAGGCUGUGGGGAAGAUUAAUGGCAGCACUCACAGUCACGGCAGCAGUCGUGACUCAGUGAAGAGUUUCCACCGGCUGCAGAACGAGUGGAAGAUGGCGAAGAUCGCCUUGAUUGUCAUCCUGCUCUACGUCAUCUCCUGGUCGCCGUACUCCACCGUCGCUCUCACCGCCUUCGCCGGGUACGCUGACAUGCUGACUCCUUACAUGAACUCUGUUCCCGCCGUCAUUGCCAAGGCCUCAGCGAUCCACAACCCCAUCAUUUACGCCAUCACACACCCCAAGUACAGGAUAGCACUGGCCAAGUACAUCCCGUGUCUGGGCGUGUUGCUGUGCGUUCAUCCUCGUGACCUCCGCUCCACCAGCAGCAGCUUCAUGUCGACGCGCCGCUCCACCGUGACCAGCCAGACCUCUGACAUCAGCAGCCAGUUCAGACGACAGAGCACCGGCAAGUCCCGCCUCUCCUCGGCCUCGGACAGCGAAUCGGGUCUGACGGACACCGAGGCGGAUCUGUCCAGUAUCAGCUCCAGACCGGCGAGCCGCCAGGUCUCCUGUGACAUCAGCAGAGACACCACCGAGCUGCCCGACUUCAAACCCUCCUCCAGCUUCAAGUCCAAGAUAAAGAGCCACGACUCAGGCAUCUUUGAAAAGACGUCCUACGACACUGAUUUCUCCACGGCAGGAGUCAGUGAACGCAGCAGCAUCCCAAACAGCAGCGACUUCACUGACGGACACACGAUGAGAGGCACGAUUGGUCGAAUCCCGAGCAUCGUCAUCACCUCUGAGUCCAGCCCCUUCCUUCCCAUUGGACGAAAUGGUUCUCGCACGGCCCGCCCCAAAACAGCCAAUAACAGCACGGGGACGGGGUCUGGGUAG